CUUCCUGUUUGCACUUCCUGGUUUCAUCACAAGGCCAGCGGGGGGAGCGCGGCAUCGCGGCGAAGGGCCAGCCUGUCGCGUGUGGUUCCGUUCUUCAGGGAGACGUCUCCGGAGGGGGGGCAAGCCCGGGAGGUGCUCAGUCCCGACAGCGAAGACCCUCCCCCCUGGCCCUCCGCUGCCGCUCCGGCCAACGGCUCGGCUUGCGGAGACGUCCGCAGUCCGUCCCAGUCGAGCGACGAGCAGAGUUCCGAGGCCAGCGUGGUCGCCGACAUCAUCGGGGGCGAGGUGACGCUUCACGCCGACACGCCCGAAAAUCUCACCCUCGCCCUCCUGGACAGCGUGACCGGAAGACGGUACGGGCAGUGCACUGAGACGUUGUUGGACGACUUCAUGCUGACCCAUCCCAUCUUCCUGACGGCAGACACCUUCCAGCAAGUUCUACUGCAGCAAUUUUCUGUGCAUGUGGGGGAGGGGCCAGGGCCAGGUGGUGAAAAGGAUGACAGAGAAGGAGGGGGCCUGGAUGCCGUGCACAGGAAGCGGGCGGUCCUCAGUGUUGCCUUCCGAUACCUCGACAUGUACCGAGAACUCCUGCAAGAGGAGGGCGACAAGUUCCCCAAGGAGUUGUACGGGUGCGCGCUUCAGGAACUGAGUUGUCAUCUCGAGCUGGUGGACGAUGUGGUCAAACUGCAACGCUGGACAGAAAUUUUACACUGCCCCUGUGACGAGGAGGAGGAAAGCAGAAGGAAGCAAGUGCGACCGCUCUUCAGACACUUUCGACGAAUCGACGCCUGUCUGCAGCCCAGGGAGGCGUUCAGAGGCUCUGAUGAGAUCUUCUGCAGGGUCUACACUCCCGAUCAUUCCUACGUCACCAUCCGCAGUCGCCUGUCCUGCCGUGUGGGAGACAUCCUGGCUCUGGUUCGAGAAAAGCUGCAGUACAGCGAUGAGCAGCCGCUUCUUCCCGGAAACCUCAUCCUGGUGGCGGUCACGUCGGCUGGAGAAAAGGCAGUGUUUCGGCCCAGUGACGAGGCCGUCUUCACCACUUUGGGGGUCAACACUCACCUGUUCACCUGUGAACCCUCUGAACUGGAGUCGCUGCUUCCUCUUCCCGAGGAGAUCCACUGGACACCCGGAGACAGCAAACUUCAUGACAUGUCAGCAGAGGAAGUGGCCAACCAGCUGGUGGCGUUUGACUGGGAGCUCUUCAGCUGCGUGCACGAGGUGGAGUUUGUGUGUUACUUGUUUCAUGGAGAGCAGUCCCGCUGGCGCCCCCUCAACCUGGAGCUGGUACUGCAGCGCUGCAGUGAGGUCCAGCACUGGGUUGCCACCGAGAUCCUGCAGUGUCACUCCCUGCCAAAACGAGUCCAACUGCUCCGCAAGUUCAUCAAGAUCGCAGCGCUCUGUAAACAGCAGCAGGACCUUCUGUCCUUCCUCGCUGUGCUGCUCGGCCUCGACAACCCCGCCCUCAGCAGACUGCGGCUUACCUGGGAGGGUCUUCCAGGGAAGUUCCGGAAACAGUUUCAGCAGUUUGAAAGCAUUGCUGAUCCUUCCAGAAACCACAAGUCCUACAGAGACCUGAUCACCAGUCUGAGACCUCCACUCAUCCCCUUCACUCCUCUGCUGCUUAAAGAUUUGACUUUUCUUCAUGAGAGUUGUAAGACUUUUCACGGCCAGCUGGUCAAUUUUGACAAGAUGCACAAAGUUGCCGACAUGGUGCGAAGCAUACGAAGAUACCGUAGUGGACAGCUGGCCAUGGAUAUGGAGACGUCGCCAUCCCACCUGCAGACCAAAGCGUACGUGCGACAGCUGCAGGUGAUCGACAACCAGAACCAUCUCUUCGACCUGUCCUGCAAACUGGAGCCCAGAGACACGUAGAGAUGCCAGGACGCGUCCCACCUCCUCUUCCUCCCUCUCAGCGAACACGUUAAAAGCUUCUUAACAGGCAGCCAAUCAGGCGAAGCUCGGCAGCCAUCUUGUCUCCUUCCUGACCACAGACGACAUGUAGUCGCAGUUUGACCUCCACCCAGCUGAUGAGGUGAGCCUAGUGAUGGAUGAUUUAUCUCUUCAAAGGUCAACCUCUGACCUCAGGGGCGUGUCUUUCUUCUUAAUGAAUGAGGAGGACAGCAGAGAAGUAAACAAAUGUUUAGUCAUUUCUGUCUGGGAAGGUGUACCGUGACACUCUAUGGGCGGCGCUUGUGCAAUAACAGGAGGCGAUGCACGUCUGGUGUCAACCAAGCAUGUCGACGACGCUCAGGGCUCCCAGGUUUUGUGUACUUUUUGUGAUGAUGAUUAAGACUUAUUUUUCUUCUUUCCCUUGUUGUCUUAGGAUCAUUUCGAUCAACAAAGACAGAGGGAUAUUUUUUGAAACGUUGUCUCAUUGCAACGCUAAAUGACAUCACACGUCUGCUAGUUGACACCUGGCGGGGCUCUGCUGCGGCCAGUCCUGGAUUCAAGUCACUCAUUUCCAAAUAUCAAACAGGCAUCUCAAAAGAUGACAAAAUUCCAAUUUCAAAAUAAACAUGAGACAGGGUAUGAAUGUUGGGCCGCGCGGCGGAUGAGUGUUUAGCAUGUAGGCCACACAGCGAGAAGAUCCGGCUUUGAUUUUCUGCUCGGGCAUCUCUUCGUGGAGUUAGCAUGUUCUCCCUGUGCAUGGCUUUUCUCCGGGUAAUCCGCUUUCCUCCCCAGUUCCAAAAACAUGCUAGCUGUUAGCUUGAUCGGCCACUCCAAAUUGUCCAUAGGUAUGAAUGUGGGUGGGAACGGUUGUUUGUCGAUACGUGCCCUGUGAUCGGCCGGCCACCGGUACAGGGUGUACCCCGCCUCUCGCCCCCAAAGGCAGCCGGGAUAGACUCCAGCAUACCCCCACCACUAUAGUGAGGAUAAGCGGUGUAAAAAACGGAUGGCCGGACAGUAUGAACUGUUUAAUCUUCCGAGUCCAUGAAUGAAAGAAAUGAAUCAGUAGAUGAAUUUACCCGCUGACUAAAAUAUCUGUCGGCGAGCCAGGUCUGAUAGUGAGUAACAGCGCCUCCCGUAUGCUCAAAGUGUUAACCAAUUAGCGUUGUCAUAUUGAAACAAGAUCGGCCUCCUUGUGUUUUCAGAUUGAUUUAGAAGAAGUAUUUUGACCUGUUAGCAUCACAGGUAGUCUCAGGAAACUCGCUGGGUGUUGAAGCCUCCUGCCGGACAACAUAGAAACAUUCAAAGUAGACGUGAACGGCCGGUCUUUGCUGUAAAACUCAGGCGUGUCCAUUUGUAAAGGUCGCGUAUGGAGUGGCUGACCUUGAAACAUGUACAUAGUGUGAGUGUGUAAAUACUUCCAAACGAAAGGAGAAUCUAUUUUAAAGAUGUUUGUUUCACGUAGAGAUGAGAUUUUAUUCACGUGUGUUGUUUACAUUGUGCCAAACCGUGAGCCAUGACAAGUAAAGAUCCACGUUAGCAUGACGAUGGUAUUUGUCAAGGGUUGAGGAGCGAGCUACACGAGCUGGCAGUGCUGUAGCAUUUGCGCUUUCAGUUGUGAACUUGUAACUUUGUUCUCUGAAAUGUAACCAAGAAUUUGUAUGCUUUAAAAGUAUGGAGACAACCACCAAUAUUUUUGCAACCUUUUUCUUUGUAAUGAUUUGGCACUUUAAGAUGGCAUUCCUAUUUUGAAACGAUGCAUCACAAUGUUGUUUCCUGCAGUUGCUCAAAUAAACCUGAUGAAGGUGACAUUGUGCUCUUCCAUUGUGUCAUCAUGCCUGGCAUCACACGAUGUGUGUGAUGGACGGAAAUCACCCCCUGGAGUGAGGCGUGUAGGGCCGAGUGCCCACGCCUCCUCCAAGGGGCACCAGGGAAUGCACUCGCCCCAUCCAGUAGGGAAUGUCACUCCCGAGGGACAAAUCUCCUGUGUUGGAUCAUGUGAGUACGGGCGCGGCGCGUCCCGUAUCGCACCGAUGUCCAACCCCCUUCAGUCGGGUCCAUAUCGGUACACAGAAUUAUAAUUUGUAUAUAUUUUUUCAUAUUUGAGUGUUUUGUAUUUUGUCCCUUUUAAUUUGAGAUGUGUAUAUGUGUGCAUAUGUGUCUUUUUCUUCUUUUCUUUCUGCUUUUCCCUUCAGGGGUCGCCACGGCAAAUCAGCCGCCUCCAUCCAACCCUGUCUUUCGCAUGUGUCUUUCUCACACCCGCUACCCUCAUGUCCUCCUUCACUACAUCCAUAAAGCUCCUCUUUGGCCUUCCUGUACGCCUCCUACCCGGCAGAAUCCUUCUACCGAUAUAUUGACUAUCUCUACUCUGGACAUGUCCCAACCAUCUCAGUCUGUCCUCUCUGACUUUAUGUCCAAGGUCUCUAACAUGUAAUGUCUUUCAGAUGAACUUGUUCACGAUCCUAUCCAUCCCAACGAGAACAUCAGCAUCCUAAUAUCUGCACCGGGGGUGGGGGGGUGUAGCGGCAAAGGUGUUUGAUGAGCGCAAUGUGUCUUUGGAUGCAGGAGUGCGUGGCCUCUGAUGUUUCCCCCUCCAGAUUUACAAAGACACAAUGCAGCUCCCGCCGACCUUCUCUGUACUUCUCUAUGAACAUUCUCAAAGCAAUACAGCAUCUGUAGUACUCUUUUUUUUUUUGGCAUGAAACCCUACUGCUGCUCCCACAUGGUGACCUCUGCCCUUAGCCUAGCUUCAAGUAGUCUAUGCCAUAACUACCAUCUGGUGCCUUCCUACUCUUCAUCUCUUUUUUCUCACUUCCUCUUUACCAAUGUUUGGUACUUCCAGGUCCACAGCAGAUACCUCUUCUACUCUUCCUUCUUUCUUGUUUUCCUCAUUCAUCGACUUUUGAAAUUUUUUUUGUCCAUCCUCCCAACCCAUAACCGGCAUCUGUCAGUACACUUCCAUUCCUAUCCUUGACCACUCUAACCUGCCGCACGCCCUUCCCGUGUCCGUCUCUCUGCCUCGCCAACCUGUAGGGAUCCAUCUCUCCCUCCUUACUGUUCAAGCUAGUGUAGGAGUCAUCAUAGACCUCUUGUUUUGGCUUUCCUACCUCUACUUUCACCUUAGCAUUCAUCUCUCUGUACCCCCCCUCUACUCUCUUCAGUCCUCUCCAUGUCCCACUUCUUCUUAGGUAACCUUUUUGGCCGUAUACACUCCCGCACCUCCUCAUUCAUGGUCCAGUCAUCCAGGAAGCGACUCCCGACCAUCCAGAGCCUGUCUCAAUUUCUGCCUAAAAGUCCUACAACACUUUUGUUUCAGAUUUCAGCAUUUGGUCAUCUGCUCUGCCUUUGCCCUCUUGGUCUUCCUCACCGUGAGGGUUCUUCUACACACCACCGUCUUAUGCCGUCUGGCUACACUUUGACCUCCCACUACUUUGCAGUCACGAUCUCCUUCAGAUGACAGCGUCUACACAAGAUGUAGUCUACCCGUGGACUCCUACCCCCGCUCUUACAGGUCACGCUAUAUUCUUCUCUCUUCUGGAAGAAAGCAUUCACUACAGCCAUUUCCAUCCUUUUGGCAAAGUCCACCACCAUCUGUCCUUCUGCGUUCCUCUCCCGAAUAGCUAACCUGCCCAUCACCUCUUCAUCAUCUGUAUGUCCUGCACAAACAGGUCCAUUCAAGGUUGCCCCGAUGACAACUCCUUCCCUUCCAGGAAUGCUCUGUAAGACUUCAUCGGCGUCCAGGCAGUUUUUCUCUUUUUCCUCCAACUCCCAUCCCGCUCAUGGGACAUACCCGCUAACAACAUUGAACAGCGCACCUUCAUUUUUCAUCCUCAGACUCAUCACCCUAUCUGACAGUGUUUUUACCUUCCCAAGCAACUCCUCCUACUCCAUUGGUCUUCCAUCUCAACGAUGAUGGAACAAGUUGAACUCCGCCCCUAUAGGCAGUCAGACUAGACAGUUUGUUCCAUCAGAGGUGGCCAGAGGUUACAAACAUUCAUUCAUUUCUGGUUGGUAGAUUCUUGAGUUGAGGGAUUAGCAACCAUUAAAGAUACAAGAAAUCAUUCCGAUUGCCAUGAUGAUGGCUGUCUGUCUUAACCAUAGCGGUCGGUGUGAUGGAAUUCUUAUAUUUUAGCAUUAGGUCAGUUGAUUUGAAGAAAUGGAGUAUUUUCAAUGGUGUUUUCAUGUCAACAGGUCCUGAUUAACCCGGGAAAUGUUGUUUCACCUGGCAAAGUCCUGAUGUUUGUAUAACUAUGCUUCUGUACUGUCUUUUGCAGUUAAUUUCUUCUCUUCACCUGUGUGCCAACAUAAAUUAUCAGUUGGAUAUUGUAUGUAAGUGUCCAGUUAAAUCUCAUGUGUUGUAAAAGUUUAUUCCUUAAAGGGAACUGGCCAUUGUGAGCUAAAUUGUUAAAUUUUUUUUCAGUAGGACAUGCCGAUGCACACACUACAAUGAGACACAGCCAGUUGAGUCAGCCAUAAUGUUUUGACAGCAUCAAAGCUUUAUUUGUAUUCAUCACUAUGGCGGCCUGUAGUGGACAAAAGGAAUAACGAUUUUGAUUACAAAAGGCAAUUCCAUGUCAGCCCAUUGACAGAAAGGUUCAGUUUUAUCUCAUGGAAUGUAAAGUUUGAACAUAUACGAAUACAUAGUCACACAAAGGUUGUAAGUUACACCAAAUGACAAGAAAAUAGUAAAAUAGACUCCUAUAAAGGACACUACAGUCGCAGGGCUACCUAUAGUAUUUGUCAGCCUUUUGUGGUAGAAGGUCUGCAAGGAUGUUAAGACCUUGCCAUUCAAUGUGACGCAACUUUGCAGUUUGGGUUGAUGAAAUUGCUUGUGGCCUGGCGCCCAGCUGCACCGGCCACGCCCCGAGGAUCCCACACGCUCACGGCCCCGCUGCCACCGGCGGCCCACGGAGGCCCCGCCCUCGCUGGGGUCCCGAGACGGCUCAAGCCACGCCUACCCGGCGGCCAAGCCACGCCUCGGU